AUGUUCGCAGCUGGUUUGAUGUCUAACCGAGUGACGAAACGCUCGGGCGAGAAAAAAAGAAAACAGACUGGAGACAUUCGGAGCAAUUUCUAUCUCUUUGUGAAAAAAGGAAAUGUGGAUCUAAAAUGCGUGUCUACGAUAUUCGUCAUUUUAGGGUUGAUCAUCGUUUGCCUGGGCACAUGGACAACAUGGUUCAACGGAUUCGCUAAAUCGCCGUAUUCAACUCGCGCUGGACCUAUCUUCAUGGGCACGGGCUUUUUUGUCCUUCUUUGCGGAUUGGCGAACUUGCUCGAAGCGAGAGAUGGAAGAAAUAGGCACUUCAUCGUUGGCGAUUGCUACAUGAACGCUAUUUACAACAAAGACAGGCCGAAUGGGGGCGGUUUCUUGAAAAUGCUGCCGUUUGUUCUGACGACGCAGCAGUCGGCAUUGGACCAAGUUGAUCACGACCACUUGAUUAGAGAAAAGAUUUAUAUGGACAGCCCAAAGGAAUCAAUGAAGACUAAGAAGGCCAAGUCAGACCACCACAAAACGAUAGAAUGGGCGGAUAAGCACUGCCAAAAAUGCAUGGAGCAGAGUAAAUACGCCGAAGAAAAAGGAAAUGCGGGUAUCUUACGAUUGCGAACACUCGAUAAAGACGAACCUAAUUCUCCUGCUUCUGUUAAAGAUUUUACUAUUAGCACGACAAUUGAAUAA